CGUUGCUGUUAGUCCGCGUCUAUCGUCGGCCGCGUUGGGGUGUUCGUACUGUCCGCGUCGCUGUGUGCUCGUUUGUUUUUUACUUAUCGCGUCCGAAAUUUUCACCGUAAAAAUCGUAUCGUCAACAACACUGGCCGUGUACAUUUUCUUUAAAUCGCGUGGAUACCAUUUUCCGAGUGUUCGAAUAACAUUGGAAUUAUUAUUGUAGUGAAAACUGUGCGCGCGUCCUUCGGGAAGAGUUACUUUUGAGCUGACGUUAAUAAAAACAGGCGCUGAACAAUUGAUAAGUGCUGUACGGUUUAUCAUUGUCAAGUUUUCCAGCUUCGGCCUACAUUGUAAAAGGUCAUUUAUGAAUCAGAUAGAAAAGAAACAAAUGGCACUACAAUGAUGUCGAUUAAUUGGAUUUGGCUGUGGUUUAUUAUUUUAAGAUACAGAUGGACAGAUGCGACAGAUUUGUCUCAAUGUAUGUCAGCUCUUGGUAUGCAAUCAGGUGCGAUAAGAGACGAAGAUUUAUCUGCCAGCUCUUCUUUUGAAAUUGGUAACGUUGGACCACAAAAUGCAAGGGUACGUACAGAGAGAGAAGGUGGUGCUUGGUGUCCUAAAGAACCGGUCACCAGAGAACCUACAGAAUGGCUCGAAGUCAAUUUACACGUAGUCCGGGUGAUUACUUCAGUUGAAACUCAAGGUAGAUUUGGAAAUGGCCAAGGGCAAGAGUUCAGCGAAGCAUUUUUAAUCGAUUACUGGAGACCAAAACUUGGCAAAUGGGUUCGGUAUAGGAAUAUGACUGGGCAUGAGAUACUUAUCGGAAACAUCAACACGUACUUGGAGCAUAAACAAGAAUUAAAUCCUCCAAUAUGGGCGUCAAAAAUUAGAUUCUUGCCAUAUAGUUACCACACCCGCCAGGUGUGCAUGCGAGUAGAACUCUACGGAUGUCCAUGGACAGAUGGUAUUCUCAGCUACAGUAUGCCUCAAGGAGACAAACGUAGUGCUGAAUGGGAAUUCUAUGAUUCCACUUAUGACGGCUAUUGGAACGAUGAACUUCAAAGAGGUUUAGGCCAAUUAACAGACGGCAGAGUUGGACCAGAUAACUUUAGAAUGGGAUACUAUGACACUGAAAAAGGCCAAGGAUGGGUUGGCUGGAGAAACGAUACAAGAAAUGGACAACCAAUAGAAAUCAAAUUUGAAUUCGACAAGAUUCGAGAAUUUACUGCAGUGCACAUUUAUUGUAACAAUCAGUUUCAAAAAGAUGUCCAAGUAUUCUCCGAAGCGAGCAUCAUGUUUAGUGUUGGAGGCAAAAUUUACUCUUCGGAGCCAUUAACUUAUACUUACAUGGAAGACCGAAUAUUUGAAACAUCGAGAAAUGUCAGCAUAAAGUUACAUAGAAGAGUGGGGAAAUUUGUUAAGCUAAAAUUGACGUUUGCAGCAAAAUGGAUAAUGAUAAGUGAAAUUACUUUUGAUUCUGACGUAGCACAAGGUAACUUUUCUGAAGAGUUUAUGGCAUCUAAUGAAUCCACUACUCAAAAAAUCGGAACUACUUCCAAUAAUCAAAGUUCUCAUCAACCUGAACUUCCAAUUUCAACUGCUAAAGAUGAAGAUCAGACGUACAUGGCAAUCAUUAUCGGAGUGCUAAUGGCUGUCAUAAUAUUAUUAGCUGUUGCCAUUUUCCUUAUCGUGUCAAGACAUAGACAGAGAAAAUGUUUUGCUAGCCCGUUGGUUGGCAAAAGUUCCUUGACAACGGGUCACGGAUGUCCGGGUAUGUCUUCCGGAAGCAGCUGUGGAACAGGUGGUAGUUAUAAAGAGGCGGGAACUGGCAGCUCGAUAAGUCAUCACGGUAUAAGUCAUCCUGCAAAUUCGAUCAACGGCCAUUUGCAUGAUAUGGACCGGUUAAUUCAAUUGGAUACUGAACCAUAUCAAGAACCUUUUCAUGGACAUACACCAUUCUAUAGUUACAGCACAGUCGUGGUUGGCCGAAAUAUUGAUUCAGAUUCAGCCUACGAAUAUGCCGUUCCCGAGACCGGAACAAUACCAUUACUAACAUCAUCAAUACCACCUCCCCCGCCAGCAUCAGCACCUCCAGUAGCUCCUGUGACGACUGAAACUUUUGGUCGAAAUAGAAUGUAUCCAACGGAUGACAGUAGAAGUAGCAAAAAAUCAAUACAAAAACAAGAAUCUCAAACAGCGUUGAAACGUCGACUCGAACAAACACCUGUGCCUGAAUUUCCACGACACCGUUUGCGUAUGUUAUCAAAACUUAGCGAAGGAAAUUACGGAGCGAUCUACGUAGCUGAAGCAGAUAGUAUCAACGAAUACCAUUCAAAUACUACUCUAGGCAAACGAUUAGUUGCAGUAAAAUUCUUCUCUCCUUCUCUUACAGAAAAAGAAAAGGCUGACUUACAGAGAGAUGUAAGAAUUUUGGCUGGUUUGGAAGACCAAAACAUAGCCAGAGUUUUGGGAGUAUGUUCUAUGGAACAACCUCUAUGUGUGGUCAUGGAAUAUACUGAGCACGGUGAUCUCAACCAGUUCCUUAAAAUGCACGUUCCUGUUGAGGCUUCCAGGAAUCUACCUCCUGGCAUCAAAACUCUAAGUAUCCAAUGCCUGCUUUACCUCGCAACCCAAAUAGCUUCUGGUAUGCGUUAUUUGGAGUCGCUCAAUUUUGUACACCGUGAUUUAGCUACAAGAAACUGUUUGGUGGGUAAAGGUUUUAAAGUUAAAAUAAGUGAUUUUGGAACAGACAACGACAUGUAUUCUGCAGAUUAUUACAAACUAGAUGGGAAAAUGGGACUACCCGUCAGGUGGAUGUCAUGGGAAUCAGCCUUUAUGGACAAAUAUUCUACAAAGAGCGAUGUCUGGUCGUUCGCUGUCACCCUUUGGGAAAUUCUCCAUCUGGCCAAGUGCCGGCCCUAUGAAGGAUUAACCGAACACCAAGUAGUCGAGAACCUGUCGCAUAUGCACAUGGACGACGGUAUGUUCGAAUAUUUGCCCAGACCGGCGUGUAGUAGGGACAUAUACGACCUUAUGCGUGAAUGUUGGAAACGACAAGAAUCCGAAAGACCAACGUUCCGGGAAAUUCAUUUGUUCCUGCAACGCAAAAAUCUUGGCUACGCUCCUGCUACCUCAUGACGGUUGAGUAAGCGCCAAGAGCUAAAAGACUGUCCGUUCAUCCUUAAGGAAAACACAACAUACAUACCGCAUAGAGAAUUACGUUAAGAUUGCCACUUUUCAAAUCAUCCAGUCACGUUAAUUAGUUGUUUACAUUACAUUAAGUAAUGCAUAAAUACUUAAUAAUGCGACAAAGAAUCAAUAGAAAAAUGAUCACUUUGACGUUAUAAUAGACUUAGAAUGCUUAAACUUAAGUGCCGAGCUUUAUUUUAAAUUAAAAAUAAUUCUAUAUGUUUUGACAAUCUUUUGUAUGCUAUAUUUACAAUUUAAAUAAUUUUACCACAAUGCCCACAAUGAAAAGUAAAAAAUUGAAAUAAUAAUUUUUAUAGAAUUAAAUCAUAAAUUUUGUAUUUAUUUAUAAAAUUAAAACAUUUAUUAAAUUACGCAACGAAGCUUUUAGACUGAAGAUAUGAAAUAUUGUAUUAAGAAACUCAAUAUUAUUAAAUAUAAAUUUUUUACUAUUGAAUGAUAACAUGUCAUAUAUACCUAUUAGAUAAUUAUUAUUGUGUCAUUUUUCUAUAAAGCAUAAAUAUUGUCUUUCUCAGGCAAAAAAAAAAGUUAGAUUGAAUAAAAGUAAAAUAUUUUAAGACUCCUAAUUUAACUAAAUUCCUAAUUCUUGUAGUAUAUUUUAAUAAAUAUCAUUAAUUAAUUAUUAAAUUAAUUAAAUGACUAGAGUUUUUAAAAACUUAUAUUGUUAUAUUUUAGUUUUCGUUUUUUACUUCAAGAACCUUUUAUUAUUUAAUUUAGGAGUUAACUUUAUUCUCGAAAAUAAAUCUUAAGUAAUAAUUUUUGAAUUAACAUAUCUGUAACUUUAAAAAAUUUAUUUCACUUGAAUCUUUUAAUACUAUAAAACAUUUCUUUAUUAUUUAUUUUAAUUGUUUCUGUUAAAAUUAAUUUCUUAAAUUUACACAAUAUUUUUAAGAAAUUUUUAAUUAUUUACCUUGGAUUUUAUACUUUAAAAAGUUUAUUGUUUAUUAUUAUUAAUACACAAUAAAAAUUAACAUUAUGACUAGUCAAUCCUUUUAGUUUAAAGUAAUUAUACUACCCUUAAUUAUGAAUGAUAAGAUAAGGUUUAAAAUUGUAUCAUAUUUCACUCUAAUAUGUAAUAUUAAAUAGUUUUCAUAAUUAUUUUUACUAUAGAAUGUGAUAUUUUAAAUACUAUAACACUGUAAAGACUAUAUAUCUAUAUGUUGUAUAAAUGUAAUAUAUUUAUUGUUGAAAUAAUACGUUUAAACAUUAUAGAAUUAGAAAUAAUUUAGGCAUUAUAUCAUUUUGAAAUGUUAUUAUUUAUUGGCAAAUUAAUUUUGUUCUUGUACUACGACAUAUCAUUUCUUUAUUAAAAAAAUAUUUAAUCAAAUAAUCUUUCAUUAAACCACUUAGUUUUAAUAAUUUCUCAACAACCAAUAAAUUAAUUUCACCCUCGUUUUAAAAUGUAUAGCUAUAAGUUAAUUUAAAUUGUUUUUAUUAUAUGUAUAUAUAUAUUACUAUUUACUAAAGCAAAUUGUAAAUAUCAACUGUGUAAUAUAUAAUUAAUAGCAAUAUAGUAUAUCUAUUUGAAA